AUGACGGGGCAGCACGUCCGAUCCGAAUCCGCGACGGCAACGAUGAGGUGCCCUUCGUCGCCUCCUGCUCCGUCGCCUUCUCCUUCGUCGACCAGGCUCACUGGCCCGGCAAGGACCCGUAACCUCAGGAGCGCCUUGCGUGGACUGUCCAUUUCUGACCCAAGCCCUCCGACCGUCUCUCCUCGGGCGUCCCUCUCACCCAUGUCAAGCCGAACCGAAUGGUCACCGAACAAUAAUGUGCUGGAAUCUGUGACCCGCAAGAAAAAUGUUGGCCCAGCCAGCGGUCGGGCAUCUGAAGCGGUGGCAGAGAUGGCGCUGGUGGAGGGGAGACUCGGUCAGCUGAAGGGCUACACACAGAGGCUUCGAGCGGCCCGCGUGCCCGGGUCGGACCCCGGGUCUGUGGACAGCGCGUACGAGGAGUUCGCGAGGGUCAGAGACGAGGCGGCAGAGACGGUCGCGGCACUGCUGGCCGCACACAACUCGUCCGGCGCGGCGAGUAGAUCUCGCCGUGCCCGGAAUGGGUCGGUUGCGGAGACUGUCGAGAGGCUCGAGUCGAUGAGGAUAGCACAUGCGAAUACGACUGCUGACGGCGACAUGGACAGUCUGAAGACUUCUUUCAAUUCUCUUGGCCUUGGCGACUCCUCUUUCACGCCCACGGGCUCUGGGUAUGAGGACAGGGCACGGCACAACAGAGACUCGACCCCGCCGAGUGGGCCUGUCCAGAACGACUCAUCUCUCGCAGCCAUCCGAGACUGGAGGGCAGUACUCGUGAAGCUACUCCAGUCUCACAGGAGGAGUCUGGCGGCGACAAUACAGGCCUUUGAGAGGGACGCACCGCUCGAGGUGACAGAAAGAGCAGUGGACGACCCCGAGUACCGCGCCGGGAUGAUCCAGAAGAUCCGCACGCGAAAAUCCCCCUUGCCUUCCAACGCGCCCGCUGUCUCGCCUGCCUACUGGCCCUGGCACGAGAGGCGGUUUCGACAUUAUGACGCCGUCAAGGAGACCAUCAUGCAGGUCGACCACCUGCUGAUGAUGGCGGCGGGGGAUGCCGGGAAGGGGGGGAAGAAGGCUGUGCGUGACUACGUGAUCGCGCCGCGCGGCAACGCCGUCCUGGAAUUUGCCAACACCGGCGGCUAUGGCACACCCCUUCUUCGUUUUCGUGUGUCAAGCCACAUGCUGGCUGAGACGUCGCCCAUCUUCGAGGCUGUAUUCGGGGGCCAAUUCAGCCACCCGCGGAUCCUCGACAGAGACCUGAGAGAGUUGGACGGCCAGGUGCCUCGUGAGCCGCCUCGCUCUGUCACCUGCGCUGACGGCACCAACGUGAAGCUUUACAGCAUGCCGCAGCUCGAGCCCAAUAAGGAGGAGGCACUAACGAUCUUGCUAUACGCCGCACACAUGCAGAACGACAAGGUCCCGCGCGAGGUCAGCUUUGCGCAGUUCACAGCCAUCGCAGAGGUCUGCCUGAAAUACCAGUGUACUUCUCCCCUGGAACUAUUUGUCGAACACCGAUGGCUGCCUGCAUGGGUGCACAAGGCUACCGAGCAGCAGCCUGACGGGAUCCUGCUCAUUAGCUACGCCUUCGGCUUGCGGCGGCUCUUUACCCGCAUGUCCAAGACGGCAGUACUGAACAUUGUGGACGAGGAGGAGCUGCGAGCCAAGCCGUGGCCGCACGCAAUGAGGGAGAAGAUCUGGGCCGUGAGGAACGCUAAGAUGGCCCAGGUCUACACUGCUUGCGUCGGCGCGGUGCAGGAGUACUUCCGGCCCACCGGCCAGGCGGGCGGUGUUGACGGAGCCGGGGCAAAUAAUGGAGGACAGCGGGUUGGAGCGGGUUUCCUUCCUGGCGACGACCCGCCCAGGACGUCGUCUUUGCUGCGAGCAUCCUCGUACUUACAAACCCCCGCGCUGCCCAGCUAUGUCUCUCUAUUCUCCCUAACCAGCACACCGCGUUGUCCCAAGGGCGACCACUGGUGUGACGCCACAAGCCUGGGGUGGCUGCUCCUGGUUCUAAACGAGCUGCAGCUCGUCUGGACCAUCGUCAACCCUUCUGUCCUGCCUGAUGCGCAGGGCCAACACAGCCAGCCGCCACGGUCGCUGGCCCAGCUCCUCGACGUGCUGCGGUCGGUACCCAGCCCACCGCACCCGGCCCACCCGGGGUCCACCGUGUGUGACCCGGCCCCUGCCUUCCGUGCGGCCGUCAAUGACGUGUAUAACAGCAUCAGCGGCCUCACGCUGUUCGACGUGGACGGCAAGAGACACGGCUGGGGGCUGUCGAAGCACAGGCUCAACGAGCCGCAGACCAUACAGAAUGUCUCGCUGGGCAAGCUCAACAAACUCAGCCUCGAUGGCUUGAGUGUACAGGACGAGGCGGUGGCGCCAGCGCAGGCCCCCAGCGAGGACACGCACGGAAUAUUGCGGAUGGACACAGAAGACUGGUUGCCUGACAAUGGUAAUGAAACAGACACGACGGGAGAAGAACAAGAAGUAGAACAAGAUUACACAGCCGACAACAUGCAAUGGCACCGGCCCCGCCCACCUCCUGCCUUCGCGCCCGACGAGGCCCUCUGCCUGCGCAUUAUGCGCCACGCAGAGACCUUUGACGACCUACACGCGCUGGCGCUGGCAAGCCACACCUUCUACGCGGCCUUCGAGAAGAACGAGCUGGCCCUCAUGCGGCCACUGGUCGGCGCCUGGCGCCGGCAGACGCUCAGCGCCCUGGCGGGCGGGCCGGCACAGCCACAGGAUCUCCUCCCGCAGGAGCUGGCGCGGCUCGAGGAGAUACAGGCAAGUCACCAGAGCAUGGAGGACGACUCGCUCGCCGAGGCCGUCCAGCUGGAGUCCUCGCAUUCCACCGACGCGGAAGGCGGCAGUGAGCGUGGAGAUGGGGGCGGGGCCGAGGGCGAGGGCGAGGAGCCUCACGAGAUGACCGAAGAAGAGGCCGGGCGGAUACUCUGGCCGGACCAGCCCUCCUGGUCAGACGACAGCGCGGUUCCAGACUACUUGGCCAAGCGAAAGACGGCGGAGCCGCCUGCUUGGGCCGUGGUCGCCAGGGAGGAUAGCGGCGAGAAGUUCCUCGCGGAGGAUUUGUCACUGCUCACCGAGGACAAGUCGCUCGCCGUGCUGGGGGACAAGUCCCUUGGGGAAGACCUCGACAGGAGGAAGGGAAUCACGAGUUCAUGA